GCGCCGCUGCCCUGACGCAGGCCCUGCCGCCCGCUGAGUGGUGGGAUCUCUGAGAGAAGGCUUCCAGACCCGAGGGCAGCCCGACCCCUCCGUGCGGCCGCCAUGGAACUGACUUUAAGCCGGGCAGAUUAUCUCCAGGUGGGAGUUACCUCUCAGAAGACUAUGAAGUUGCUUCCUGCCUCAAGACAGAGAGCUACACAAAAGGUGGUUGCUGGAGAUCAAGAUGGGGUAGUGAUCUGCUUCAGCAUGAAGAAAGGCGAGGCGGUGACAGUGUUCAAGACUUUACCAGGGCAGAAGAUUUCAAGGCUGGAACUGGGAGGGGCUCUUAACACACCCCAGGAGAAAAUUUUCAUUGCUGCAGGGUCCGAGAUUAGAGGCUUCACAAAGAGAGGAAAGCAGUUUCUCUCUUUUGAAACAAACCUCACUGAAAGCAUUAAAGCUAUGUACAUAUCUGGCUCUGACCUCUUUCUCAGUGCAAGUUACAUCUAUAAUCAUUACUGUGAUUGCAAAGAUCAACAUUAUUACCUUUCUGGGGACAAAAUCAAUGAUGUCAUCUGCCUUCCUGUGGAAAGGUUAUCUCGCAUGACACCAGUGCUGGCCUGCCAGGACAGGGUGCUCCGCGUCUUACAGGGAUCUGAUGUGAUAUAUGAAAUUGAAGUUCCUGGCCCACCCAGUGUCUUAGCGCUCCAUAAUGGAGAUGGCGGUGACUCUGGAGAAGGCCUUCUGUUUGGCACAUCAGAUGGGAAACUUGGACUUAUUCAGAUAACCACAUCUAAACCCAUACACAAAUGGGAAAUUCGAAAUGACAAAAAACGGGGAGGUAUCUUGUGUAUUGACAGCUUUGAUAUCAUGGGUGACGGAGUUAAAGAUUUACUUGUUGGGAGAGAUGAUGGAAUGGUGGAAGUGUAUAGCUUUGAGAAUGCAAAUGAACCUGUGCUGCGAUUUGAUCAGAUGUUGUCUGAAAGCAUCACAUCGAUCCAGGGUGGGUGUGUGGGGAAAGAUGGUUACGAUGAAAUUGUACUGGCCACAUAUUCAGGCUGGGUGACAGGGCUGACUACAGAGCCCACUCAUAAGGAAAGUGGACCAGGCGAAGAACUGAAACUAAAUCAGGAAAUGCAGAAUAAAAUUUCUUCUUUACGGAGUGAGCUAGAACAUCUACAGCUUAAGGUGCUGCAGGAGAGAGAAAACUACCAACAGUCUUCGCAGUCAAGCAAGGCGAAGUCAACAGUACCUUCAUUCAGUAUAAAUGACAAGUUCACGCUCAAUAAAGACGAUGCCAGCUACAGCCUCGUCUUAGAGGUGCGGACUGCAAUAGAUAAUGUCUUAAUACAGAGUGACGUUCCAAUAGAUCUGCUUGAUGUGGAUAAGAAUUCUGCUGUUGUGAGCUUUAGCAGCUGUGACACAGAGUCCAGUGACAACUUUCUUCUUGCCACCUAUCGGUGCCAGGCAAAUACCACCAGGCUGGAGCUUAAGAUUCGCUCAAUUGAAGGCCAGUAUGGCACACUUCAGGCAUAUGUGACUCCAAGAAUUCAACCAAAAACUUGUCAGGUCCGCCAGUACCACAUCAAACCUCUGUCUCUCCACCAAAGAACUCACUUCAUCGACCACGACAGACCCAUGAACAUGCUGACUCUAAUAGGCCAGUUCAGCUUCGCUGAAGUCCACUCCUGGGUGGUGUUCUGCCUGCCUGAAGUUCCUGAAAAGCCUCCAGCAGGAGAAUGCACAACAUUUUACUUUCAGAACACCUUUCUGGAUACACAGCUCGAGUGUGUCUACAGAAAAGGAGAAGGAGUUUUUAAAUCGGACAACAUUUCUACAAUAUCUAUCCUAAAAGAUGUGCUUUCUAAAGAAGCUACAAAAAGAAAAAUUAAUCUCAACAUAUCAUACGAGAUAAACGAAGUGUCAGUCAAGCACACUUUAAAGCUAAUCCACCCGAAGCUGGAGUAUCAGUUGCUUCUGGCUAAGAAAGUGCAGUUAAUUGAUGCCCUAAAGGAAUUGCAGGUCCAUGAGGGAAAUACAAACUUUCUGAUUCCAGAAUAUCGCUGUAUUCUGGAAGAGGCAGACCACCUACAAGAGGAAUACAAAAAGCAGCCUGCACAUCUGGAAAGACUCUACGGUAUGAUUACUGAUCUUUUCAUAGAUAAAUUUAAGUUCAAAGGCACUAACGUAAAAACCAAAGUUCCUGUUCUACUGGAGAUUCUUGACAGCUACGACCAGAACACAUUGAUUUCUUUCUUUGAUGCAGCAUGAAAGAUAAACAAGGAUUUGGAAUGGAUUGGCACCCAGUUUCUCUCUUAGUUCGUGACAUGAUCCUCCUGCAAUCUAUGAAAUACUUGGCUAAGUGCUAUAGACUAUGGCCAGAGGAGUAAGCAGUGCCUGCUUGGAGCAGAGGAACCCCAGACAGAUGCCCUACAUGUAACCAGAAGAGUGAUGGUGUCUAAGAUUUUCCUGUACUGUAGUACCCAGGAAACCCAUUUUUACUAUAUAUGCUGGGUAAGGACGACUUUCAAGCAACAGAAGUUUUAGUCAUUCAUUUCAGGGGAAUAUUGUAUUGAAAGUUUUAAAAUGCUCUAAAGAUAAUAGAAAAUAAGCUGUCUUCUGUUGUCAAAAGGUAGUUAUGAAUUUUUCAGAAAAUAAUUACAUUUUGUUACAUUUUAUAUACAGUUCUUAAAUAUAAAAUGUAAACAUUUAAGGCACAUAUACUUGGGUCUUUAUUUUAAUAAGGUUAUUUUUUGUCUGAUAUUUUCUGUAGGUUGUCUUGAGACAACCAGGCCGUUUUUCCUUCUCUCUCUCUGCUUUCUUUGCUUUCCUGUUUUUUGUUUUGUUUUGUUUUUCACCAAAGGAUUUCUCUGUGUAGCCUUUGCUGUCCUGGAACUAGCUCUAUUGACAAGGGUGGCCUCAAAUUCACAGAGAUCCACCUGCCUCUGUCUCCCGAAUUGCUGGGAUUAAAGGCAUGGCCACCACCGCCGGGCUAUUUUUCUGAUGAGCACUUUUUUUUUUCCUUUUUUUUGAGACAGCAUCUCAAUACAUAACAGGCUAUGUGAUUAGCUAUGUGAUUCUAGGUGGCCUUGAACUUGGAGGUGGGGAACUCUGGGAUUAAAGGCAAGCACCACCAUGCACUUCAUUUCUAAAUGUAAUAUCUAUUUGGUCAGUGGGACUUCGUAUUGUACUAUUUGAAUGUCACGACCAAGGGUAAGCAAAAUUAAUGGACAUUUGAAUUUCUUGUAAUACACCACUUCGUUACGUGUUUUCAUCAAUAGCUCAAGCUGGCAUUUUAAAUUGAUCACAUCUUUGUUAGAGGGGGAAAAAGAUUGCCGGAAUGUCAGACACAGUGACACAGCCUUCAAUUCCAGCAGUCUUGUGAGGCAGGCGGAUGUCGGUGAGGUGUAGGACAAUCCGGAUUUAUGAGACCCUGCCUCAAAAACAAACAACGAAAAAGGUGUACUGCAGAGGUCACGCAAAACUAACCACCCCCACCAGAGUUCCCUGUGUGGCCCCGGCAGCAUCACCGAGAGAGGGCGGAGUGCUCGGCUCGGCUCGGCUGCCUCGGAAGUGAUCAGCUGGUGAGCCGAGUCGGUCCGCCCUUCCCUCCCAAGCGCCACCCCGCGGCUGGGGAGGUCGUCAGUCCCCUUAGCGGACCGGAACGCUGACAGGUCGAGGCCUCGAGGGCCUGUCGGGUCCGCCCAGCUAGCCCGGCGGGAUCCUGGGCGCCGGGGGGGUUACACACCCUCGGAGCGGCGGAAAGUGGCCGGGGGCUGCCGCCCGCCCGCCCUGCGCAGGCGCGUCCUCCGGCACCCGCCCGGCCAGGUUCCCGUCGGGCCUCCGCUCGCGGCGCCCGGCGCGCCUGGUGACGUCGCGGGC